CAGCCGCGCUGCUGACCGACGGCUACGUGGUCGUGGACGGGCUGCUGCCGGCAGGGAAGCUGGAUGCGGUGCGGAAGGAGGCCCUGAGCUUCGCGCGGUCGGGCCGCAUGCCGGAGCAUAAGUUCAGAUUUGGAACCGCCCUGUUCGUGAAACCAAGCAUCUUCGAGGCCGAUCUGUUCGACGAGGCCGCGCAGCGGGAGCUGCCGGAGCUGGCGGAGCUGCUCCUCGGCGAGGCGCUCGCGGGGCCGCUGGCGGAGCGGCUGCCCGAGCUGCGGCUGGCGGCGGGCCCGGGGGCGAGGUCGGUCAAGCUCCAGCACAACGCUGGGGCUGGGGGCUGCUUCCCCCUGCACUACGACAACGCUGGCCCGCCGAGCAGGAGGGCGCUGACCUGCGUCGUCUACAUGAACCCCGGCUGGCGCCCCGGCGACGGCGGGGAACUCGAGCUGCGGCCGUUCCUGCGGCCUGCGGUCCUGGUCCCGCCGCUGAUGGGCCGCGCCGCGCUCUUCCGCAGUGACCGCGUCCUGCACCGGGUGCGCCCGUCGUCAGCGGAGCGGCUGUGCUUCACCGUCUGGGUCGACGGCGAGGCGGUGAACGGGAGCGGCGACUGCGGGCUCACGGCGAGGCACCUAGCGGCCGAGCCGGGCGCCCUCGAGGCCUUCGCGCGCUCCCCGGUGCAGCGCGCCGUCUCCCGGGCGGUGUACGCGGAGGAGUACGAGGCGUCGCUGCGCGAGUGCAUGGAGAGGCGUCCGGGCGAGCUGGAGGAGAUGCUCCAGGAGCACCGCCGCCACGUCGCGCAGCAGCGGGCGCACGCGCAGCUGGGCCCGUUCCUGGGGCGCCUGGGCGCGCUGCGGGCCCAGCUGGAGGGCGCCGCGGGGGCGGAGGCGGAGGGCCAGGGCCCCGACUGAUUGCGAGGCGUACGGCUUCUCCGCGGAGGCGUGGGGCGCAGCUGCGUCCACGUGCAGCUACAACGAGCCAGGCCUGGCUGCUGAUGGUGCCCCCCCCCCCGUGCGGCGCGCCCCGCGAGCGGCAUCUGCCAGGCCACCGCGGCCCUCCGAGCGGCAGCGGCGGUGGCGAGCGCGGCCGCCUCCUGCGCCGCCGCGUGGCGCCGGGCGGCUCCGAGGCCAGGCCCUCUGCGUGUGCGGCCGGCGCCCUCCCAGCCCGAGGCCGCCGAGGGCGCCGUGCCACCGCUGCCUCCGCCAGCCCUGCCGGCGGAUCGGGCGGACGGCCAGCCGCGGCGGGCCGCGCCGGGGGCCGACCUCACAGCAUCGGAUGCGCCGGCGGCUCGGACGGCGCCGGGUCGCCGGCGCGGAUCGGCAGCCC